CCUUUUCCUUCACCCACGGUGCUAUACCCAACAAGAACACUUGGCCUCGCACUCCAAACCUCAAACAGACACAAGUAAUCCUUUGGUCGAAGCAAAAGCAGCUAGCUGUGUGAGAUCAUGGGCGCCUUGGAUCACCUCGCUGAUUUGUGCAGCAUGACGGAGACAAGGGAAUCCCUCAAGCUCAGGAAGAAGCGGCCACAGCAGACGGUGAAUAUCAAGGUGAAGAUGGACUGCGAGGGCUGCGAGAGGAGGGUCAAGAACGCCGUCAAAUCGAUCAGCGGUGUGACGAGCGUGGCCGUGAACCCGAAGAUGAGCAAGGUGACGGUGACGGGGUACGUGGAGCCGCGCAAGGUGCUGGAGAAGGUGAAGAGCACUGGGAAGGCGGCAGAGAUGUGGCCGUACGUGCCCUACACCAUGGCCACCUACCCCUACGUCGGCGGCGCCUACGACAAAAAGGCACCGGCGGGCUUCAUCCGGAGCGCGCCGCAGGCCAUGGCCGCCCCCGGGGCGCCGGAGGUCCAGUACAUGAACAUGUUCAACGACGACGACGUCAACGCCUGCACCAUCAUGUGAUCCGAUCAUGUCCACACCAGCCUUUUUUUACAUGAUGUCCACACCAGCCUUGAUACGCCUACAUACAUCACACUAUCACAGAGCCUGUAUCUGUAUAUAUGUGUUCUUGCUGCGGAAAAAUGAUAUGAAGAAGAUGAGCUUGUUGUAUACCAAGUUACAAAGUGAUAUACAGAGAAAGACUUUGUUGAAUA